AUGCGUCCCAGCAAACUGAAAAAGCAUCUGGAGACUGCACAUAAAGACAAGAAAGACAAGCCGCUAGAUUUCUUCAAGAAAUUACGUGAUGAGUUUCCAAGGAAGGAUGACAGUGAAUCAUAUGUUUACCCAAAAAGUGGCAAAAGUAGACAGAGGGAUGUUGGCUUCUUACAAGAUAGCAAAUUUGAUUGCAAAAGCAGUAAGCCUCAUACUAUCGGUGAAUCUCUGAUCAUGCCGGCAGUGGCUGUAGUGCUUUCAACAGUCAUGAAUCAGAGUCCACAAGAGGUAACUAGUGUUAUUCCUCUGAGCAACUCCUCAGUAUCACGCCGUAUUGAUGAGAUGGCAGCUGAUGUUGAAAACCAAUUAAUCUCAAAACUGCAGGUGAAUGAUUUCUCGCUUCAACUCGACGAAUCAACUUUACCUGAUAAUUCUGCUCUUUUGAUGGCAUUUGUGAGGUUUCUUGAUGUAGAUGAAAUAUGUCAAGAAAUGCUUUUCGCAUUGAAAUUAACGACUGAUACUAAAGGUGAAUCCAUCUUAAAAAAACUUGAGGUCUAUUUUGAGGAGAACAACAUUCCACUCAAGAACAUUGUGGCUUAG